AUGACAGAAGAUAUCCAGGCACCAACCAGUAUGUCUGAAUUUAAUCGGAACACAUCUUCUGAAAAACCUCAGCUCCAGGUCAUUGAUAUUAUUGAUCAGCUAGCUAAUUCUUCUGAGAUACUUCCUUAUGAAAUUGCAGAGAUCAAUCCUGGCUCUCCAUUUAUAGAAGAAAAUCAAGAAGGUACCAAGCAUUUGGCAGAGAAUUCAGCACACGAAGUUUCAGAUGGUACCAAAGAACAUCAAGGGCUUCAUGAGAAAACUCCUCCUUUAAGUACCAAAGAAUUUCAGGGGGAAGAAAAUGUCACGUCCAAGCUUCAGGAUGAAAAUAUCUAUAGCCCUACGGAAACAGAUGAGGACCAGGGAAAGAUACAGUUGAAUGAGGCCAGGGAGCAAAUUAAAGAAGAAACACUGUUAAAAGACAAUGAGAGCACAACAGAAGAAGAUUGGGAUGGUGCAGAAGAUGAAACCCAAAAGGAAAACAAUGUGGAUUCUCAUAAAGAAACUCAAGAAAACAAUAAUACCCAAUGCCUUCCUACCAGUCCCAGCUGCACCUCUCAGACUGAGAAAUGUGACGAGCCACCAGGUGCCCUGAAAAAAAAUGAUAUCUCCCGGCACAGUUAUUCUCGUUACAACACAAUAUCUUAUCGGAAGAUCCGGAAAGGAAACACUAAACAGAGAAUCGAUGAAUUUGAGUCCAUGAUGCAUUCAUAA